CGAAGAUACCACGACCGGUUUCGACCCUUCUCAAGGAUCUUGUCAGAUGGUUUCCUUUGAGAAAGACAGACAGAGUUAAGGCACGACAAGCAACACAACUCAGUCUAUACCAUGUGAGGAUAUUAUUAUUCCUUGUUCUCAUCGAACAAAGAAUGAUAACUUUCACACGAUGAGAAUGGAGCACAACAUCACUGACCACUGCACAUAUUCUGCUCCUCUCCAUUAAGUAUUUCUUUUCAUUGCAUCGGAAAUCAUUCAUCCUUUAACUUAAACUGUAUCUAGUAACAGGCCCGUAGCCAGGAUUUUUGCGAAGGGGGGGAUCGACGUUUUUGUCUCCAGAGAUAGUCUGAAGUAGUGGCGUAGCCAGGAUUUUGUUAGUGCAUGGACGUUGAAACGAAUGGUUGGAUAAUGAAUGGCUUGAGCUCACCCGGUGGCUACGCCACUAGUCUGAAGUCUUAUCAACUAGCAACUUUUUCUGACGGGAUUCAGUGGAAAAAAAUCAUUUUUUUAAAAGUCAAGGGGCUAACCGGUUCCCCAAUCCCACCUCUAACUACGGCCCUGUCUAGUAACUUUCACUCAACAAACGUUAAGACAAAUGUGAUGGGCACCGUACUCAUAGUUCAGUCUUAGGAAGUGAUCACUCAUUCUCUUACUAAUCGUAGUUUUGGCACAAUAGAAAAAGACAUUAUAUCACAACUCUCUGUUUUAUAGUGAUUAACCAGCCUUAACUCUGUCUGUCUUUCUCAAAGGAAACCAUCUGACAAGAUCCUUGAGAAGGGUCGAAACCGGUCGUGGUAUCUUUGUUUGAUUGUUUCAGAAAUGAGUUCUGUUUGAGUCUCUAGUAACUGAUAAGUAGUUGUAAAACUAAACUAAAUUAAAAUGGCUAACUAACUUUGAAUACUACACUAGAUGAAAUGACAUAUUUUGAUGUCUUUUAUUUCGGAUACGUUUUCAACCUCAUCAAAAAGCUAUCAAUAAUAAUGUUACACUUUAUAUAGGAGUAUUGUACCUUUCAAGGCGCAAGAGAGAAUCUCUUUUUUGUCUACUUUUAAAUAACAUUUGUCAACAAAAGUAUUUUUCUUUGUUUAUGUAUAGGUCGAUACAAAACUCAUCAAAGCCAUGGCGCAUCAAAUAUUCCAUUCAGGAUUUGUCCACGCUGAUCCGCAUCCUGGAAAUGUAUACGUUCGAAAAGGCCGUGAAGGUAAAGCCGAACUUAUUCUAUUAGAUCAUGGUCUAUAUGAAACAAUUAGUCCAAAUGCACGUGAAUCUCUAUGUCAACUAUGGAAAGCAAUUUUACUCAAAGAUGAUGAUAAAAUGAAAAAAUAUUCUCUUGCUCUUGGUGUUAAAGAUAAAGAUUACUUGACAUUUUGUACAUUUUUAUCCAUGCGUCCUAUACAUCGACCUAUUCAUGAAUUGGCUAUUUUACCCGAAGUAUGGGAUAAAAUGUCAUUAGAAGAACAACAAAAAGCCAGUAGGGAAGGAAAAAUAAGACUACCUAGUGAGCGUGAAUUUAUAACGAUGUCAAAUGCACGUCGUGUAGAAUUUCGAAAACAAUUUAAAGAUAUUUUUAAUGAUAUUCAAGAUAGUGUUUUAAGAGUAUUGAAAGAUAUGCCAAGAACAUUUCUCAUGAUUGGAAGAAAUUUAAAUCAAAUUCGAUCAAUUAUACGUGAUCAUGGUAAUUUGAUUGAUAGACAUACUAUUAUGGCUAGAAGCGCAAUAAUGGGUGUCAGAAAACAUGAACUAGUCAAUAAACGUCGCUUAUGGAUGGAUCGUUUAUUUAUCUGUAAUGAUAUUCUUAAUUUUAUUAGCAAAGAUUACGUAGAACGAUGGCUCAAGUUUAAAUCUUUGCAAAUGUUAGCCUAUUUUGGCUAUAUUCCACCAGAAACAUUUAAUAUGAUUGAAGAAUUUCGAUAG